UGUGGAUAUAUAUCCUUGAAUAAGCCAAUGGCAGUCCAUUGAUAAGUGGGGGGUGUGGGAGAGGGUACGUCAAAUGUUGCAUUUUACUUUACUAGAGCCUUUUCCUGCUCACGAACUUGCGUUGACAGGUCUACUGGCAUCUAUCAACCGGGGUCGGGAGUGGAAGGUAAUCUCGGAAAUCGGGAUUAUAAUGUCGAUAGAUAGGAACAGUUUCCGUGGGAGUUGAGAAAUAGAUGCCCUCUUUUCCCACCCCUGUUUUCUUUCCAAGUAAUCUUGGCUAGAUCUUCUCAUUUCGCAGCAAUGCCUUCACUUACUGAGAAAGAUGCAAUUGGCACCACAGCAAAUAAUGGCAAUAAAUCUUCAAGCUCCAUUGAAUAUGACUCUAAGGGAGUAGUGACGACAGCACUGGAGCCUUCCCAUCUCGACAACUCCCACCUUCACUAUGUAAAGAGAGGUCAAGAAGUUUCCGAUGAUGCUGGCUUUACAGACUCGAUUAUUGGAUAUAGAGCAGAGCAAAUGAGAGCCCGCUCUCUGCUCACAUACGAAGAAGAAAAGAAGCUGCUUCGGAGAAUCGACUGGCACAUCAUGCCUCUUUGUGCAAUUGCUUUCCUUCUCAAGAACAUCGAUAGCACCAACGUCUCUAAUGCUCGAAUCAUGAAUACUGGAUCACCACGGAAUAUUCUCAAACAGCUUGGAAUGUCAUCGAACGAGUUCAACUUCGUUAGCACCAUCUACUAUAUUCCUUACAUUAUUGCCGAAGCCCCAUCAAACUUAUUCAUUAAACGUAUGCUACCAUCGCGGUGGCUCUCUCGCAUAAUCGUUUCUUGGGGUGUUGUUAUGGCCUGUCAUGCUGCUGUCAAGAAUAAGGAAGGACUUUACGCAGCACGCUUUUUCCUUGGCCUUGCGGAAGCUGGCUUGUUCCCUGGUGUUAUAUUGCAGCUUUGCUACUGGUACAGACCUGAUGAGAUGUCGCGACGACUCCUUUACUUCUAUAUCCUCGGUAAUUUCAGUACGGUCAUAAGCGGUGUUCUCGCCUAUGCUUUCGAUGGCGUUUCAGGAAAUGGGGGGUUGUCAGGCUGGCAAUGGUUGUUCCUCGUGGAAGGACUAAUCACCAUAAUAUUCGGAGUAAUCCUUUACUUCCUCUUACCAGAUUUCCCACCAACAGCACGAUGGCUCACAGAAAAAGAGAAAGCCUUCAUCCAAGCCCGGCUCCCUAAGAAUGCUCCCCGAGAAGCAGAAAGCAACUUCAAUUUCCGCGAAAUCAUCAUUCAAUUGAAAGACUUCAAGAUGUGGCUCUUCACACUCUGCUGGGCAACCUUUACCGUCGGAACUUCAGGUCUAACCUUCUAUCAACCAACCGUAGUAGCAAAUUUAGGCUUCACCUCAAUCUCAAAGUCUCAACUCCUGAAUAUCCCCACGGCAUUCCUGACAGUUGGCAUAAUUGCCAUCUUCGGCCUCUGGGCAGACACAGCGCGCUUACCACGCCCCUUAUUCCCGCUCUUCUUCCUGAUAAUCAUCAUGGCAUGCUACUCAGUCCUCUAUACCUUCCCCAACACCGGUGGCGUCUACGCCGCCACCAUCAUAGCAUCUGCCUUCGCCUCCUCCUGGUACCCCAUGAUGUGGCCCUGGCGCGUGCAAACCACGUCUCGCGCCACGGGUUCUGCCUUCAGCAUCGGCUUCGUCAACUCUUACGGACAGAUUGGUGGUGCCCUUGGCCCACAGAUCUUCAGGAGCCAGUAUGCGCCGCAUUAUACUGUUAGUUUUGCGGUCGCGAUGGCGCUUGUGGGUGCUGCGAUACUGUUUAAUUUGGGGACGUGGUGGGUUACGAGGAGGACGGAGAGGGAGACGAGAGUACUGAAGUUGGAGAGGAUCGAGGCGGGACGGAGAGGCGAAACGGUGUUGGAGGAUGUGGAGAUUGAGGAGAAGAGGGGACUGGUGAAGGGUGGGGUGUGAUUGUGUCAGAGGAAGUGUUUACUUUGACGAAUAAUUGCUUGUGUGGUCGAAGAUGAAAAGGAGAAGCUAGUAGUAUAAUUUAUUAUCAUAAAACUAGAAGACGGUACCGAGUGAGGGAA